AUGUCAGAUGAAUCGUCAGAUCCAGACUUAGCAGAAGAGCGGUAUGAUCCAGAGGACAAUUUAAAUGCUUACGGCUCACCUGUUUUCCGACCUCCAGAUGAUAUUAAUAUUAAUGAGAUUGUCGAGCAAUCAGAUGUUGACACUGUUCAUCCUGUGAGAGCACAAGUGAGUACAGUGACAGUGCAUAUAAAUUAUAUGAAUAUUUAUAUUGCAAUCUUCGAAGUGGCACUUUUUUGAUUACUUAUAUUUAUACUAUAACAUUAUUGCUUUUUUAUAGUUCUGUAGUUGUAAAAACACGUGCAGUAAAGGCAGUGGGAGGAAAAAGAAGGGUUGUCCUUGCCGCGACGAAGGAUUACAAUGCACAGAACAGUGUUCAUGUGGAACAAAGAAAGCUUCAUGCAAAAACAAGGCACAAGUUGGCUCAUCUACACAUGAUCCAAGCACAGGUCUUAAUGCUUUUGAGUGA